AUGUCGCUCAAUGGGCUAGAUAAUCCCACCGUCAUCGAUGCCUACCAGACCGCGCUCACCGAGGCCGGUGGAUGGUUUCUCCUGCGGUAUGUAUCAAGGGAUGAGGUGGCUCUCCUUGAUCGCGGCACCGGCGGGGUGCCCGACGUGCGCAACGCGAUCGACGGCUACGAGGAGAAGUCUCCGCUCUAUGGCUUCCUACAAUAUCGGCGACGGAAAGUCGUCCUCAGCUAUCUGCCAGAGGGCAUGUCCCGCCUCGUUCAAGCCCGAACGACGGUCCAAUUCCAAUCGGUCCUAGACAAAUUCUCCCCGCAUGAUACGGUAUUCUCGGUGACGCAGCCAUCGGAACUUACAGAGAGCGCAUUGUCCUCCGCAUGCUUACUGCAUACUGCUUCCGGUUCGAUCACUUCCUCUUCCAGCUCCCUCCGCCGUCGCCGAUUGAAAGAGAUCGCGGAAGAUGCCGAAGAGACUACCGUAGGCAAGGACGAGAACCAGGCGCAGUCCGCGGCCGAUGGAAUGCCGCGCCAGAGAUCGUUCAGUCAGCUGUCUGAAGCCACCGUGGUUCCCCCAUCAGUGGUGUCGAGUGUCCAGCAAUCACCAGUCGGCAACGAACCAACCCCGAAAACUUCCGAAAACGCCUCCAUUCGAGAGCGGUCUUCAUCGGUGGCCACAUCGGAGCGGGCUCCUUCCUAUAAGAACUUUCGAGAAGACUCAUCUUAUGCUCCGUCGGAGCCCCGCCAAUCUUCGCAGUCCGCCCGACCUUCCGUCCGUGACCUGGAGCGUGCCGGAUACAAAGCCAAGGUAAAGCUGGGUCCUCGGCCUUCCGUAGAUGGCAGCGGACGCCCUCGGACUGCGGGCAACCUCUCUCGAAGCGCUGAACGGCGGCCAGUGGCAUCUUUGCCUGCCGGUGUCCGGUCAUCAUCCUUGCGCAAGUCCAAUCCCAGUCCUUCGCGACCUCGAUCUUCCGGAGGCAACGGGACCCCCGUCGCCAGUAGAGUGCCGGCCGUGCCUCCGUUACUGGUGCCUCCCUUUUCCAUGCCCAUCUCGCGGCCCAAGAUAUCGCCCGGUGCCAAGUCACUGAGCGCGCUGUCUUCGUCCACCACUUCCAAUGAAAAGGAGCGGCUGAUGAAAGCGCUCCAGAUGCGAAAGACGCAGAUGGAGAAAAAAGCAAAGGAGGGGAAGAACAGUUCCACGACGGAGAAGGGUGAGGUGUCCGGGCUUGAUAUGACCGAAAACAAGGAGAACAUCGGUCAUAUACCAAGUAAAAUGAAGCACGAUGGGGGCGAUGACCGAAUGGCCCACUUGGCAGGGCCGAACAAGGAGCCCCUUUCCGAAACUCAGCCAACCCUGCAGCCCAUGCUCCGUCAUCAGGGGGCUGAAGAAGAGGACGGCCGUACUACUCCUAAUUCCCCUGAACCCUCGGGCAGCCACCACUCCCUUAGCCAACCGGCACGCCUGAGCAACAGCAGUAAUGAGUUUCAGGCGACGACACCCACUCGUUCGGGAUCUGAAACGCAGGCGGGCGACAGGGACUUGGGCGCAUCCAAUUCCGGCGGCGUCUCGGGUGGCCCCAGCUCCCCGACUAGGCUGCCUAGCGCCAUCGCCGCUCCACUCGAGAACAAUUCUGGAAAGGCUCCGGACGAAGAGAUUGUUGGCCCCUCGCCACCAAAACCAGUCCCCCAUCCUGUUGUUCCUGGCGAACAAGAGGCCCUCCAUCAUCACCACCACCACCAACCCAGCACGCCAGACGUGACUGAGUCCGAUCUGUUCGAGUCGCCUGCUCGGCCCGAUUUCCCCCACCAUCCUUCAGCAGCCACCUUCACCCCCAAUUCCUUGUCGAUCGCCGCUCCCCCUCCGACGGAGCCGCAGCAUGACUUGACCCCUGAAUCCUCGAAUGUGGAGCGACAGCGCAGCACGUCUCGAAAGGAGAAACGCAAACCAUACCUCGAACCUAUUCAAGUCCCAACUCCCGACUACUCGGAUGACGAGAACCUUCUCUCAGACGACUCCUUCAUGGAAGAAUUGACCAGUGCCACGGUUGAGGAGGCUAAGCCCAUCUCUGUGGGCGUCUCUCCCCUCUCCCCGGGCUACUCAAACAGCAGCAACGGCAACGUCUCACCUGAUGCGUGGAGGAAUUCUCGUGCCGUUUCAAACCCCAGCGCCAUUGGACACCAGUCCCCCAACAUGUCGACCAUAGCCGUGGGCCGUUCCGUCUCGACGACGGGUGCGGAUUCUGGUUCACAGAACGGGCCGGUCCUGGUGGCGAGGAAGAUCAACGUCUCGUCGGGCAUCUCCAGCCGCAUCAAGGCAUUGGAGAAGUUCUCCAACAGUCGCGACGCCCCAUCAAUGAACGGCCAAACCCUCGCCGCUCCGUCUGCGGCCUCCUUCGAGACCCUCCGCAAAGGCUACUCGGGACCUUCCAUGCCCCGACCUCUCUCAUACGCCCCUGAAUCCUUCUCGCGGUCAUCGAGCGUGAGACGACCUAGCUCACAGGCGGGCCCUGGCCUCGCUGGUCCUGGCCUUUCGCGCUCCCCAAGCUCGGUCUCUGUGACUGCUCGCAUUGUCCGCGAUCCCACCGCUGCUGAAACCAACCCGAAUGCCGACCCGUCCGAGCCGGCCGUCCUCAACCUACAACCCAGCCAAAUUACCGUCGAACAGGAAACUACAGAGCUCCCUGUUCUGACUUUGCAAACAGAACCUACAAUCACUCAGUCGGAAGAUGAUACCUUGCCUCCGUCCUCUGCUGGAUCCGACCAGCAAUCCUCCGUGUCCGUACAGCGUCCGGAGAGCCGAAUUUCCACCCCCACCUCUAUCAAAGAAGAAGAAGAGGUGGCAUCACCCGCCAAGUCAUCUGGCGAUGCGCCCUCCUCCCCCGAUGAGAAGAAAGAAUCCCGUGCGACGCGACUUCUGCGCCGCAUGUCCUCUAUCACUUCCCGUAAGAGCGUUGUUGGUGUGUUAAACCCUAUCAAGGGAGAUGACCAUGUGGUCCCCAUUAAGCUUGAGGAACCCGAGAGGCCCGUCUCGAGGGCAACGGAGGUGGCUCCGGCGAUCGAUAUUGGCGAGGUCAAUGUACAGUUUCCCGACACUCUCCUGUGGAAGCGUCGGUUUGUCCGAAUCGAUGACCAGGGUUAUCUGAUUCUGACACCUGGCAAUCUGGACUCCACUAACCGCAACUUGGUCAAGCGGUAUCAUCUGUCCGAGUUCCGUACUCCGUGCCUGCCGGACGAAGACCGCCAGGAGCUGCCCAACAGCAUUCUGCUGGAUUUCCUGGACGGCAACACUCUUCAGUGCGCCUGCGAGUCGAGACAGGGGCAGACCUUUGUGCUUCAGACGCUUCGCGACGCUCACAGCACCUACCAGACCGUCUCUCACUAGCCUUGAUCUACUGCAUAGAGCUUGUGCCUUUCCUUCUCCUUGACCAUGCAUAUAUUGCGCAUUCCUUCCUCCAUUUCCUUCCUCAUCCGGUGUUUUCAGCGGUAUACCCCUCAAAACGGUUUCCUUCUACCCACUGUUUUGUAUCCAUCACAUUCUACUCUUCUAUCCCCUUUUUGUUGGACUUGUUAGUGAGAGGCAUGAUGUUCUGUCGGCUUGCUCUGUGUAAAAUGUUGGAUCUUGGAUUGUUCGUGUCGACAUUAGCAGCAUUUGGCGGUUGGUUCUUUAAUAGCGUGGCGUGGAUUGUCCAGACAACGAGGUUGUUCUACUGUCAGCAGGGCAGUCCCGUUAAUGUCUGGGAUUGUAGUCUUAAGACAUGCUCGCUGACCGAGCAAGUUGGAACACUGGUUCCGAUCAGGACUUGACAAGCAUCUACUCAUCCUUCAUCCAAGAAUAACAUGCGAACG